GUACAGAAAGCACGUAUGACACGUGCUCUCUAUUUUUUUCAACAACGACUGACCAUUGUCAGACGCGUACCUAGCCAUGUAUCCGAUAGUUUACUAAAGAGAAUUGUGCAAAGUCUACAGAAAAGGAAAUUAGAAACUAUUCAAAAUCCUAUUGUGAGUUUUCCGAUUGGAUUGUAUUCUACCGACCGACUUAAUUUCCAUUCUGAUUCCCCCUGCGUCAAUAUAAUGCCAGAGGUGGAGCAUCCGACCGAGGACGAUGAACGUUGUCAGGUUGAAUAUCUAGAGACGCCCGUCAAAUCCAAGAAUGAUAAAAAAGAAUACAGAGUCAUCAAAUUACCAAAUGGUUUAACAGCUUUGUUAAUAUCCGAUAUAUAUUCAAAAACAUGUGCUUCUCAGAAUGAAGACAAUCAGGAUAAAGAAUCGACUGAAGAUGAAACUGAAGAUGAAGAAAGUAGCGAAGAGGAUGGAGAACAUUAUGAUGAAGAUGAAGGUGACACAAGUAAUGAAUCUGAUAAUGAAGAUGGUUCUUCAGUUAAACGAGUUAAGAGAGAUGAAAAAAAGGCAGCAUGUGGUCUAUGUGUGGGAGUAGGCAGUUUCAGCGAUCCAUCAGAAGUUCCAGGCAUGGCACAUUUUCUUGAGCAUAUGGUUUUCAUGGGAUCUGAAAAAUACCCUCAAGAAAAUGAUUUUGAUGCAUUUAUCAGUAAGCGUGGUGGCUUUACUAAUGCCUCAACCGAGUGCGAGCAUACAACAUUUUACUUCGAUAUCCAAGAGAAACAUCUAUUGUCAGCUCUUGAUCGUUUUGCUCAAUUUUUUAUUAAACCUUUGAUGAAGAAAGAUGCCAUCACGCGGGAGCGAGAGGCUGUAGAAAGCGAGUUUCAGUUGGCCUUACCUUGUGAUGAGAACAGAAAGGAACAACUGUUUUCUUCCUUCGCGCGAGCUGAUCAUCCAGCCAGCAAGUUUAUUUGGGGUAAUUUAAUAACAUUGCGCGAUAAUAUACAUGACGACAAAUUGUAUGAAGAAUUACACAAAUUCAGAGAGCGCCAUUACAGCGCUCAUAGAAUGAAACUAGCAAUACAGGCAAGAUUACCGCUAGAUACAUUGGAAAAAUAUGUCACAACGUGCUUUGCUGAUGUACCUAGUAAUGGAUUGCCUCCUGAUGACUUUACUGCAUUUAAAGACGGUGUUUCUUUUGAUACUCCCGCUUUCCGAAAAAUGUAUAAAGUUAAACCUUUUAAAGAUGUUAGCCAACUAGAAGUAACAUGGACAAUGCCUUCGCUACUUCAUUUGUACAACAGUAAACCACAUCAAUAUAUCUCCUGGAUUAUUGGACAUGAAGGAAAGGGUUCCUUAAUUAGUUAUCUACGUAAAAAAAUGUGGAGUCUCGAUAUGUUCAGUGGUAACAGUGAAAGCGAUUUCGAGCACAGCUCCAUGUAUGCGUUAUUAAAGCUUACUGUCGUACUCUCCUAUGAGGGACAACAACAUCUGGAGGAAGUUUUAGAUGCGAUAUUUUCUUAUAUUAAUUUAGUGAAGAGGGAAGGUCCGCAAAAAAGAAUUUACGAUGAAAUUGAUCAGAUUGCACAAAAUAAUUUUAGAUUUGCCGAUGAGGAGGACCCAGCGGAUUAUGUUGAAGAUUUGUGUGAGAGCAUGCACUUCUAUCCACCGCGCGAUUAUAUAACUGGAAAUGAGCUUUAUUUCGAUUAUAACCCAGAAGCUAUACAAAAAUGUUUAGAUUAUGUGACACCAGAGACUGUAAAUAUCAUGAUUUUCAAUGAAGAUUUCGACUGUCUCGAAUUAAAUAAAGUCGAACCAUGGUUCAAAACCAAGUAUACGGACAUCGAGAUACCAAAGGAAUGGAUCGAACGCUGGAAAUCUAUCGAGCCAUUGCCAGAUUUUCAUUUACCAUUAGAAAAUACAUUCCUUACUAACGAUUUUGCUGUAAUACCGUUGCCAGCGGAAGUUCCGAAAUAUCCUAUAAAAUUAUACUCUGAUCGGACAUCAGAAAUUUGGUAUCGGCCGGAUCCCAAAUUUCGUUUGCCAGAAUGUUAUAUGAAUUUUCAUUUUAUUUCUUCGCUCGGGCUUCAGUCGCCAGAGAAUGCAGCUCUCAUGGAAAUGUACUGUAAUGUAUUAAAACUUCUAUUGAUUGAAGAACUAUAUCCUGCUAUAGUUGCUGGAUUUGAUUAUUACAUCAAUGUUAGUGAGAAAGGUAUUACAAUAAAAAUGAACGGAUUUAACGAAAAACUGCCCCUCUUGUUGAUGACUAUUGCAAAAUACAUGACUGAGUAUUCAACCCUUGUUACAAAGGAUUUGUUUGAAAUUGUCAAAGUACAACAACUUAAAACAUAUUACAAUUCAUUUAUAAAACCUGGAAAACUCGCCAGGGACGUGAGAUCAUGGGUAUUGAAACUUGUCCAUUAUACACACGUUGAUACACACACUGCUCUACGUGGUAUCAAUUUUGAAGAAUUCCAAAAUUUUGUGAAAGACUUCACCGAUAAUUUAUACAUUCAGUGCCUCGUGCAAGGCAACAUGACGCAGGACGCUGCAAUGAAGACUGUAUUAAAAUGCGUUGAAAUAAUUAAUUGCGGUCCUUUGCUUUAUAGUAUGCUACCGGAAAUGAGAGUCACUAAAAUACCUGUGGGCACGGGCUAUUGCAAAUUGAAAAAUAUCAACAAAAUUGAUGCAAAUUCCAUAAUAACAAAUUAUUAUCAAGCCGAUGUCAUAUCGAUUGAAUUAUCGGUGUUAAUCAAUCUGAUGAUUAUGAUAAUGGAAGAACCGUUGUUCCAUCGACUGCGAACUCGAGAACAGCUUGGUUAUGACGUUUCCUGUGCCCUUAAAAAUAUCAACGGAAUUUUAGGAUAUAUCAUUACUGUUCACACUCAGGCAGAUAAAUACACAACCGAGCAUGUGGACCAGCGAAUCGAAGAAUUUUUGAAAUUGUUUAAUGAGAUUUUGGAAGAAUUCUCUGAAGAAGAAUUAGAUGAUGUCAAGGAGGCACUAAGAAAAUUAAAGCAAUGUGCUGAUAUCGAUCUCGAAGAAGAAGUUACCAGAAACUGGAAUGAGAUCACGACGUGGCAAUAUAUGUUUGACAGACUCGAGAGAGAAGUGCUUGCAAUAAAAGACAUAAAGAUCAACGAACUGAGAGAAUGGUUUACGAAGCACACACUAAACGGAAGUAAUUUCAGAAAAUUGAGCGUGCAUGUGGUAGGAACUGAUCCAAAAGAAAAUGCAAUCAAGGAAGCAAAUAAUACUGCAGAAGAUCGUAAGAAAGCGCAGUACUUUACUGUGGAAUAUAUAACCAAUCAACAGAAUAAGGAAAUUGAAGAUCAUAUUACUAAUGUAGGAAAGUACAAGAAAAAUCUAUACGUCUAUCCAGUAAGUGAGGGAAUUAGUCCUCUCGGAAUAUGGAAUAAGUGAUACUUCAAUAAUAAUAGUACAAUGAAAAUAAAAUGAUAAAUCGUACUGCCUUAUGGUAAUAAGGUUCUUUUUUAUUUAUUAAAUACUUAUAAAUUUAAUACUAAUCCUCGUAUAAACAACAACAGUAUAAUGAAGUUACAAGUUUUCACCUAACUCUUCACAUU